CUUGUUUUUACAAGUUUAAGAAAAAAAAAACACGUCUCAUGUUGUGUAUUUCUGGUGUAUGGUGCAGUUGGAAUGGUGCAGUUCAUUGCCUCAUUAUAACUAGUAGGAGAUCAUAAGAAUGACAGAUGUGAAGGUGAAAAAGGAGGCCACAGAUGUGGCUGAGAUCGAAAACAGAAUUAGGGAGCUGUGUCAGCAGUUUCCCCAAGGCAUCACCGAUCAGGUCAUCCAGAACGACAUGCCGCACAUCGAGGCUCAGCAGAGGGCCAUGGCAAUCAACCGGCUGCUGUCGGUGGGCCAGUUGGAUCUUCUCAGAAACAGCAACGGCUUGUUGUACCGGAUGAAGGACAACCAGUUAGCGAGUAAAAUGAAGGGUUCUGACAACCAGGAGAAGCUUGUCUACCAGAUCAUUGAGGAUGCUGGGAAUAAAGGAAUAUGGAGUCGGGACAUCCGAUAUAAAAGCAACCUUCCUUUGACGGAGAUCAACAAAAUCCUGAAGAACCUCGAGAGCAAAAAACUCAUCAAGGCCGUGAAGUCUGUCGCAGCCUCGAAGAAGAAGGUGUACAUGCUGUACAACCUGCAGCCGGACCGCUCGGUUACAGGAGGCGCGUGGUACAGCGAUCAAGAUUUCGAGUCCGAGUUUGUCGAGGUUCUCAACCAGCAGUGCUUCAAGUUCCUGCAGAGUAAGGCCGAAGCAGCGAGGGACAGCAAGCAGAGCCCCAUGGUGCAGAGAAACAGCUCUUUCGCCACGUCGUACGAAGUCUGGAAGUAUAUCUGCGAGCUGGGAAUUAGCAAGGUGGAUCUGUCUAUGGAGGACAUCGAGACCAUCCUUAACACGCUGAUCUACGACGGAAAGGUGGAAAUGACAAUCAUCGCGGCCAAAGAGGGGACAGUAGGCUGUGUGGACGGGCAGAUGAAGCUUUACCGGGGGGUGAACCCCAUUAUCCAGCCAACAGGCCUGGUCAAGACGCCUUGUGGGCUUUGUCCGGUGUUCGACGACUGCCACGAAGGCGGGGAAAUCUCACCAUCCACUUGCGUGUACAUGGGGGAGUGGCUAGAAUUUUGACGUUUGUUCUGUACGUUUAGUUUUUUUUUCUUUUCUCUGUGGAGAAAGUGGCGUAUAGUUUUUCUGCAGUUUGAUGCAAACGAUGUUUUAUUUAUAUUGAACCGUAAUGGGUUCGAUACCGUGAAUAGAAGAAAGAAAAGAAGAAAAAGCAACAGCAGCUGUAUUUUUGGAACGAUUAUUGACUCGGAUAUUAAUGUUCCUUUAGAAUCAUUUUCCUCUUCAAAAACAUUUCCAACAAACAUUUCCAACAUUUUCUUUUAGAUCUGUGAUUAUUCACUAAUAUUGAAAUCCUUGUUGGAGGGAAUUUCUUUUUUUUUUUUUAAAGAACUGAACACUGUAAACUACUAAAAAAUGUGUGGAUUUCUGGUAAAUAAAUUGCACGAUUUGAAACAAAA